GUUUCAGCCAGCAGAGGGCAGUCUUUCACUGCGAGACCGUCAACAGACCGUCGGUUUCAACUUCACAUUCAGAUGGUUAAACUUUAGUUUAUCCUAAAAUACCAACUGAUAGGAUGAGCUGUGAGCUAUGCAGCUAUACCAGGAACAGGGUUUCCACACUCACACAGUACAAAAUGUGCCAUUUCUUCAUGAAGCAGAAGUGACCCUCCCAUAAGGAAACGCAUCAGUUUAGCGGUGAUGUUAUCUGUGAUGCUAAAAUGAUCAGACAGCAGUCUGAGACAGACCGGCAGUUCAUACUAGAGAACAUGUUUGUUGCCGUGAUGGACAACAUUUUCUUACUGGUGCUGGUCACACUUCUCAGCGUCGUUCAGAAUGUGUUCUUCGCCUUAAAGGUUGAGAAAGAAUGCACCGGUCAACAUUCUAAACAUCAUUCUGCAGCUUUUGAGCGUUUGUCUUGUGCAAAUCGAAACUGCAUGGACACGUACCCCACAUUUCUGGCAGUACUGUGGUGCGCUGGUAUCUGCCUCAGCCAAGCUCCAGCUGCCUUUGCUGGCAUUAUCUACCUUGUGGUCCGGCAGAAGUACUUUGUUGGCUACUUGGGGCAGACUUGCCAGAGCACUCCCGGCUUCCUGUUUGGGAAACGCAUCCUCUUCUUCCUGUCACUCAUGUGUGUUGUGGGAAUCAUAAAUCACCUGAUGCUCAGCUAUGGUGGCAGUGACUACAAAGAGUACAUCCAGACCAUCACCAAAGCAGCAUCAACCCUUCUGCUCUUGCCCUGAACUGUUCCAUACAGAUUUAACAGCAGCUGAAACAGUAGUGCAAACACAUCAGUGUAGAUAAGAUCUUUUGGUUAAUGGUUUGUCAGUUAGUGAGAGGAUGUGGCAAGAAAAGUGUGAAGCGUUCACAGUGAUGAUCACAAAGGCAUUUCAUUGCAAAAUGAUAUGUACAUAUUACAAACCUUUACAAAUCAACAAACGAAGAU